AAAUUUACCAAAAACGACCUCCAAUCAAAGAGGAAGACAUAGAAAGUGUGAACAUAUUUUACGUGACACAAAUCAUCCAAUCUCUUUAUAUACACACAACCUCACACUUAUAAUCUCCAUCUCCAGUUGCAAAAGAGAUCCAAAAUUUGAGCUUUUCUCACCACAACAAUGGAGAAUCCUGAGAAAAUUGAGGCCCCCAAAACCAAAAAAGAACCAAACUACAGAGGAGUGAGAGCCAUGCCUUUUGUCAUAGGUAACGAGACAUUUGAGAAGCUUGGAACAAUUGGGACAUCUUCAAAUCUUCUAGUCUACCUCACCACCGUCUUCAACAUGAAAUCCAUCACCGCCACCAACGUCAUCAACAUCUUCAACGGCACCUGCAACUUCGGCACAUUGCUCGGCGCCUUCCUCUCCGACACCUACCUCGGCCGCUACAAAACCCUCGGCCUCGCCUCCAUCUCCUCCUUCCUGGGCAUGCUGGUCCUGACAAUGACAGCGACGUUCCCGAGCCUGCACCCGCCAAAAUGCGGGAGCGGCGGCGCGUGCGUGGAGGCUUCGAUGGGACAGAUGGCGUUCCUUUUAACGGCGUUUGUGUUCCUUGUCAUCGGGGCGAGUGGGAUCCGGCCGUGCAACCUAGCGUUCGGGGCGGACCAGUUCAACCCGAACACGGAAUCGGGCAAACAGGGCAUCAACAGCUUCUUCAACUGGUACUACUUCACCUUCACGUUCGCGAUGAUGGUGUCUCUCACCGUCAUCGUGUACGUGCAGGCCAGCAUCAGCUGGGCCAUCGGCCUCGCCAUCCCCGCCUUCCUCAUGUUCCUCUCGUGCGCCUUCUUCUUCGUCGGUACGAGGAUCUACGUCAUGAUCCUCCCGCUGGGGAGCCCCAUCACCAGCGUCGUUCAGACGCUGGUGGUCGCUUUUAAGAAGAGGAAGCUGCAGCUGCCGUCGCAACCACUUAAUUCUCUCUUCGUUUACCACAAUCCCGAUUCCAUCAACUCCAGACUCCCUUAUACCGAACAAUUCAGGUGGUUGAAUAAAGCAGCAAUCAUAACAGAAAAUGACAAAAUCAAUGAAGAUGGAUCAGCAGCAGAUCCGUGGAAUCUUUGCAGUGUACAGCAAGUGGAGGAGAUCAAAUGCGUGAUCAGAGUGGUCCCCAUUUGGGUCUCCGGCAUGUUAUACUACGUCGUUUUAGUCCAAACUCAGACAUAUCUAGUCUUCCAAGCCCUCCAAACCGACCGCCGCCUAGGCCGCGGCAGCUUCAAAAUCCCGGCCGCCACCUACAACAUCUUCACCAUGAUCAGCCUCACCAUCUGGAUCCCGGUCUGGGACCGCCUCCUCGUCCCCCUCCUCCGCCGCCUGACCGGGAAGCAAGAGGGGAUCACGAUGCUGCAGAGGAUCGGGUUCGGAAUAUUCCUCGCGGCCCUGACCAUGCUGCUGUCGGGCGCGGUGGAGGCCCACAGGAGGACUGUGGCCCUCACGCGCCCCACACUGGGCGUGGAGGCCCGGCGCGGCGCGGUGUCGGCCAUGUCAGGGUACUGGCUGACGCCGCAGCUGGCGCUGACCGGGGUGUCGGAGGCGUUCGCGGUGAUAGGCCAGAUUGAACUCUUCUACAAGCAGUUCCCGGAGAACAUGAGGAGCUUCGCGGGCUCCUUUUUGUUCUGCGGGUUUGCUAUAUCGAGCUACUUCACGAGCUUUCUCGUGUCGCUCGUGCACAACACGACCCGUGUUGGCGCGUCCGGGAAUUGGCUUGCGGAGGAUUUGAAUGAAGGGAGGUUGGACUAUUUUUACUACCUUGUUGCGGGGUUGGAGUUUUUGAAUUUGGUGUAUUUUUUGGUUUGUGCUAAGUGGUAUAGGUACAAGACUAGUGAUGAUACAAGUGAUGGUAAAAUGGAGGUGCCUAUGGAGAAGAUUGAUGCUCAAAAAUCAGUUUAGUUAGAUUUAGGUUUUUGAAUAAAUUGUUGUUGGUGUGGAAAUACGAUAGUUGAGUUCAAAUACUAUAAUUUAAGGUGGUAAUUCUUCUUUGAAA